GUUAGAGCGUCCAGCCUCCAAGAGUUAACCUGCAGCACUGCUCAGAAGAGCAGGGGCAGAGGAUACCAAAGCGUCCCGGCACUCUGGCUUGCAGGGGAAUGACAUGCGGUUUUGAACAAGCAGCUGCCGCAGCAGGUCUGGUAGGUUUCAGAAAGUGCUGAGAAGUAUAAGCCCAGCAACGUGCAAGGGGAAAGAGGACACGACUCUGGAUGGCCACUUGCUUUACUGGGAUGCAAAAGCUCUUUUGAGUACUAGAAUCAGAAGAAAUGGCUAAACGCACCUUCUCUAACUUGGAGACAUUUCUGAUUUUCCUUCUUGUAAUGAUGACUGCCAUCACAGUGGCCCUUCUCAGCCUCUUGUUUAUCACCAGUGGGACCAUUGAAAACCACAAAGGAAGCCAUUAUUUUCCAACCACUCAAAGCCCUCCAGCCACCCAGGGCUCCACAACCACCCAGAGCUCCACAACCACCCAGAGCUCCACAACCACCCAGAGCUCCACAGCCACUCAAACUUCUCCAGAGACUUCGACCCCAGAGCCUCCUCUGUUUCAGAACUUCAGUGGCUAUCAUAUUGGUGUUGGACGAGCUGACUGCACAGGACAAGUAGCAGAUAUCAAUUUGAUGGGCUACAGCAAAUCUGGCCAGAAUGCACAGGGCAUCCUCACCAGGCUGUACAGUCGUGCUUUUAUCAUGGCGGAACCUGAUGGGUCCAAUCGAACAGUGUUUGUCAGCAUUGACAUAGGCAUGGUAUCCCAAAGGCUCAGGCUGGAGGUCCUGAACAGACUGCAGAGUAAAUAUGGCUCCCUUUACAGAAGAGACAAUGUCAUCCUGAGUGGCACUCACACUCAUUCAGGUCCUGCAGGAUAUUUCCAGUAUACUGUGUUUGUAAUUGCCAGUGAAGGAUUUAGUAAUCAAACUUUUCAGCACAUGGUCACAGGUAUCUUGAAGAGCAUUGACAUAGCACAUACAAAUAUGAAGCCAGGCAAAAUCUUCAUCAAUAAAGGAAAUGUGGAUGGUGUGCAGAUCAACAGAAGUCCCUAUUCUUACCUUCAGAACCCACAGUCAGAGAGAGCAAGGUAUUCUUCAAAUACAGACAAGGAAAUGGUAGUCUUGAAAAUGGUAGAUUUGAACGGAGACGACUUGGGCCUUAUCAGCUGGUUUGCUAUCCACCCAGUCAGCAUGAACAACAGUAACCAUCUUGUAAACAGCGACAAUGUGGGCUAUGCAUCUUACCUUCUUGAGCAAGAGAAGAACAAAGGAUAUCUACCUGGACAGGGACCAUUUGUAGCAGCCUUUGCUUCAUCAAACCUAGGAGAUGUGUCCCCCAACAUUCUCGGCCCACAUUGUGUCAACACGGGAGAGUCCUGUGAUAACCCCAAUAAUACUUGUCCCAUUGGUGGGCCUAGCAUGUGCAUUGCUAAGGGACCUGGACAGGAUAUGUUCGACAGCACACAAAUUAUAGGACGGACAAUGUAUCAGAGAGCAAAGGAACUAUAUGCCUCUGCUUCCCAGGAGGUAACGGGACCACUGGCUUCAGCACACCAGUGGGUGAAUAUGACAGAUGUGAUCGUCUGGCUCAAUUCCACACAUGCAGCAAAAACAUGUAAACCAGCAUUGGGCUACAGUUUUGCGGCUGGCACCAUUGAUGGAGUUGGAAGCCUCAAUUUUACACAGGGGAAAACAGAAGGGGAUCCAUUUUGGGACACCAUUCGGGACCAAAUCCUGGGAAAACCAUCUGAAGAAAUGAAAGAAUGUCAUAAACCGAAGCCCAUUCUUCUUCACACUGGAGAGCUAUCAAAACCUCAUCCCUGGCAUCCCGAUAUUGUUGAUGUUCAGAUUAUUACCCUUGGGUCUUUGGCCAUAACUGCCAUCCCUGGGGAGCUUACGACCAUGUCUGGACGAAGACUUCGAGAGGCAGUUCAAGCAGAAUUUGCAUCUCAUGGGAUGCAGAAUAUGACUGUUGUUAUUUCAGGUCUAUGCAAUGUCUAUACACAUUACAUUGCCACUUAUGAAGAAUACCAGGCCCAGCGAUAUGAGGCAGCAUCUACAAUUUAUGGACCACACACAUUAUCUGCUUACAUUCAGCUCUUCAGAAACCUUGCUAAGGCCAUUGCUACGGACACAGUAGUCGACCUGAGCAGAGGUCCAGAACCUCCAUUUUUCAAGCAAUUAAUACUUCCAUUAAUUCCUAAUAUAGUGGAUAGAGCACCAAUAGGCAGAACUUUUGGGGAUGUCCUACAGCCAGCAAAACCUGAAUACAGAGUGGGAGAAGUUGCUGAAGUUAUAUUUGUAGGUGCUAACCCGAAGAAUUCAGUACAAAAUGAGACCCAUCAGACCUUCCUCACUGUGGAGAGAUAUGAGGCUACUUCAACAUCCUGGCAGAUAGUGUGUAACGAUGCCUCCUGGGAGACUCGUUUUUAUUGGCACAAGGGACUCCUGGGUCUGAGUAAUGCAACAGUGGAAUGGCAUAUUCCAGACACUGCCCAGCCUGGAAUCUACAGAAUAAAAUAUUUUGGACACAAUCGGAAGCAGGACAUUCUGAAGCCUCCUGUCAUACUUUCAUUUGAAGGCACUUCCUCUGCUUUUGAAGUUGUAACUACUUAGUGCAAAGUUGACAGAUCAUUUAAAGAACAGCUUUACUCUGUACACGUUAUAUAAAUGGUUUCAAAUGAAUGUGAACUAGUGAACUACUAUGUUGACUUCUAUAAUCGUCCCUAUUUGGGGACAGAUAGUUUACUGAGAAUGAGGCAGAGGGAUGUGUGUGUGUGUGUGUGUGUGUGUGUGUGUGUGUGUGUGUGUGUGAGAGAGAGAGAGAGAGAGAUAGAGAGAGAGAGAGAGAGAGAGAGAGAGAGGUUUGUCCCACAUAUCUUGUUCCAGCAGCCAUGUACCUAAAGCACGAUUUCCUUUGAGGCCUUGGGGUUGUUUAAGGGAGGCUCCCUUCAAUAUAAAGCCUCUGAAAUGUUAGUGAGAAUGGUUGAAUACAUGUGAACAAUGUUUAACCUAUUUAUUUAUAUAGAGAGUUAUUGAAUGCUAGUAGGGGAAAGUUUAUAGAAAUCAUCUAGUUUUACCCUUCAUCUUACAGAUGAGAAAAAUGGUCUUUUCCCCUAACCACAUUUACAAAAUAAGAUAUAAACCUUGACCAUAAAUGUAUGAGUCAAAUUAGAGAAACAAAAUCAGCAUGUCAGUUUUCCUUCAUUCAAAAUAACAUAUAGUCUUUCUAAGAAGUCACUCUGGGGUUAACAUGCUUAGUUCAGAGUUGUGGAUGCUCAAAUCAUCCCUGGAAUUGCCUUUAGAACCCAAUUAUGAGAAAGUCAGACUUGCACUAUUUUGAUCAUGCCUUGUGUUUUCCUAAGUGUCCUUAUCCCACUGGAUUGUGUCUCUUAUUCCCAAGACCUAUUCUAAAUGAUUUUUUGACUCUUUUCAUUAAUCAUUAAUCAAAUUCACCCCAAACCUCAAAGCUUUGCCAUUAGUGUAGAUAUUAAAAGUGUUACUGGCUGGGAAGGCACUCCUCAGAGCAGAAGUUCUAAAUUAAUUUAUCUCUUCUUUUAUCAUUUGCUCACUCACUCACUCAUGGACCCAUUUAAUCAUAGAAUAUUUAAGAUUUAUAUGCCCAGAAUUAUACUAGUGCCUGGGCCUUGAAAAUUAAUGAAACAGUAUUUAGGAUGAAUGUGUAAGUGUCAAAAGGUCAGUAUUAUGAAGGAGAAAAUAUUCAACUUAAUAUGUAAAUCUUCAAAUUACAUUUUGUAUAUCAUCUGUGUUGGAUGGGGGGGGGGAAGAGGCUCCAAACAGUUUGCUAAAUACUAUUUUCAAAGUUAUUUUUGGGCAUUGCAAAAUACCUAGCCUCAUGUCCCAAAGAAUGAGAUAUGGCAGUCUGACCCUGAUUGCCUGAAAGUACUAAUUGCAUUUAUAAUUAUUAGUUAACUAGGUGCUCCCAGACUGCAAAGCAAAUUUCUAAACCCCAGAUCAUACCUUUGUAUGUAUGUAAAAGCUUUAGCAUAUUAGGGAAAAAAAUUAAUCUGUAUUUCAAAAAUAAACUUUGAGGUUUGAAAAUAAAAACAAUAUUAAUAAUGAUAAUAUUAACAUCCAUUUAUGUAUGACUUAAUCUCUACAUAAUUUAUUGAAUCAGAAUGAACCUGGAACAGUUUUUGAUGAAUUGGUAUCCUAGAAGCUGUUUCUAUGAACAUUAACUGCUGGAGGAUUAGGUAAUCAGGGUUUCCAAGGGUUGUGAUCAUUUUUCUAGUGACACCACAGUAUUUAUUGUAAAAUUUAGGGAGCCUAAAAGAACAAGUGAUUCUGACAGUAGCUGACUACAGACAAGAAAAUUAUAUUAGAACUCAUGAUAUGUUUUUUUGAAGUAUUUGUUAUUACUCAGAAGGGUUCAUAAAUCAUUUUCCACUACCUCCAUUCCUCCUGUUGAAGCUUCCCUCAAUCAGCUUGUGAUUCCUGACAGCUCACUGGCAACUGUACUAAGGUGGCCACUGUAUUAUCUACUCAUCUUUCUGCACCCAGCACUCUUAGCCCCAGAUAACCCACAGAAACCUAUUUUCUCACCACUUGACAUUUCUUCUAGGCCAUGCAAUUCUAUUUUUGUAAUUUAUGUGUAAAAAAUGCAACCAAAUUCCUGCAUUAUCAAUAUCAGUUAUUCACCAGCAUGUAAUAGAGUAUCAUGAAAUAAUUGAGCUUAUCUGUUAAUAUAAAAACACAGAUCCAGUUCGUGUCUGUGGCUGUUGUAGGGGGUGGCUCACUGGAGCCAAACCAUGUGGUGGAAGCUCCUGAAACUGAUGGAGAAAGUGGAAUAUGGCAGAUUGGGUAGGUGGGAGAACAAUUCUGGAGAUUUUGUUUCUCAUGUUAAAGUGUCUGCAUUUUAUUUGCCAUACCCUGCCUACUCUGGUUUUAAGGAUUCUGUGACUUCUUCAAAAAGCACCAAAUGUUCUCUUUUCCAGGUCUAGAUUUUUCAAUGAGUACUAUGUAAAAUUGUCAAUAUGCAAUGGAAUAUUUCAUAAUAAAUUAAGAAUUACACUC